AAGAAAGAACUUCAAAAACCCUUAUCCCUUCUUUCCUCUAUGUGUAAACAACCGAGAGCCCAGAAAGAUGCAAACCCAGAUCGCAUACUUUUUUCUCUCACCUUUCCCUUCUCUCUCUAAAACCAACGACAAAAACACACCCUUCCUCUGUUCCUUCUCUUCUGUAUCCUCUCUCCCUCACACACACCCCACAAACAAGAACCUUUCCCUCUCCAAUUUCCUCAUCGAAACCUUGGCAAUCUCUGAACCACAAGCCAUUUCCAUCUCCAACCGCUUCCCAUGGAGAAAAUCCAUGGAUAACCCACAGUCCGUGGUUCACGUUUUCAAACAACUCGGCUUCUCCGACUCCCACAUUCGAUCCUCCAUUCAGCUCAGGCCCGAGAUCCUCUUCUCCAACGUAGACAAGAUUUUGAAGCCCAAACUGCAGUUUUUUCAGGACCUGGGUUUCACUGGUCCUGAUCUGGGUAACUUCAUUUCAACCCAUCCUCGUGUUUUGUUUUACAGUUUGGAGAGAAAUUUGAUACCCUGCGUUGAUAUAGUCAAGAAAACACUCGGAAAUGAUAAAAACAAUCAGGAUUUGAUCCGGGUUUUCCAGUGUACCUAUUCGGACCCCUCUGUAUCGAGAUUGAAAUGCAACAUUGCCUUCUUGGAGAGCUGCGGCAUUGUUGGGCCCCACCUCUCGAUGCUGUUGAAGAGGGCACCUUGGCUUUUCUUCAUUUCAGUGACGGCUCUUAGAGACCAAGUUUCGCGAGUUUUAGAUAUGGGUUUUUCUGUUGAUUCGAGGAUGUUUGUUCCUGCUGUGCUCACGGUGGGUGGCAUGACUCGUGAGUCUUUUAGUAGGAAGAUUGAAUUGUUGAGGAGUUUUGGGUUCUCAAUGGAUGAAUGUAUGGAUAUGUUUAGGAGGGCUCCGACUUUUCUUAGGCCUUCCGUAGAUAAGUUGAAGUUUAAGAUUGAUUUCUUCUUGAAUGAUUUGGAGUUGGACAGGUGUGCGUUAGUUAGUUGGCCUAAUUGUUUGACGUACAGCAUCGAGAACAGAGUAAUCCCUCGUUAUAGAGUUUUACGGGUUAUCAUGUCCAAGGGGCUGUUACAGAAAGAACCUAGUUUAAAUUAUGUAUUGACUUCGUCGGAAGAGAAGUUUCUGGGAAAAUUAAUAUCAAGGUUUCCGGAUGAUGCGGAGGAAAUUUUGGAGAUUUACAAUGGCGACCUUUUGGAUUCUUGACUCUUCAAUGGAAUAAAAAUUGGGAGCCCUUCGUUCAUUGCUGUUUUUGGCUGUUUGUGGCAAGAAACCUCCCUAUGGAAGAGCCAUGGAAGCUAUGGAACCAAAAGAGGAAUUAGACUUGUUUUAUCCCAUGCUCGGAAAGGCUUUCUUGAAUUUGGGUGGUAAAAGUUUGUUUAGAAGUGAAAACUUCUUGCACUAUGGUAUUACGUGUUGUAGCGGGGUUUGCUGUAACCUGAUAACGUGGUUUAAGAACUCUAAGUCUCUAAGCUUCUAGGAUGGACUAUGUUGAACCAUUUGGGAAGGAGAGACCUAUGAAGGAUGACUGCUUCAUAUAGUUUCUGAAGAAGAUAUCUAUUACAGAUGCAGAAAGUCUACAACAAUAAAUGUUUGUUUAAUUCAGGAAUGAGACAGGUGAAGGGUGACUGAUUGGAUACGUAAUUUGCUGAUGAUGUGGUCUCAAUUUCAAGAAGAAGAUUAUCGACAGCUAGUGGUGCCUAUUUUGUUUGAGUAAAAGGAUUAGAAUGGGUAUGAAAGGUACCUACUAGCUAGUUACACUUUUUUGUCAUUUUGUAAAUAUUUUGUUUGGCAACGUUGUUUUAAUUUGUUUUGUCAUUUGGAUACAUUAAUCCGGAUUGUUUUUCACCUUUGACUUAAAACAAGACAUCGGAUUUCACCGGUGGUUGCCUAGCUGGAGUCUUCCCUUUUCAACUUGAACGAUACAUUUCAAAGGAGAAGGUUUACUUCCAA